AUGUUCCGCAAACCUCGAGAAGCGCCGGCUCCAAUAGCCAGCGAGACACCCCUUCGCCCAUCCACCGGCCGCCCCCCAACACCACCCUCGACUACAAGGCAGUGGACACCUCAUUUCUCUGAGAACACUACAUAUGUUAUGGCCGCUUCAACGCCUCUGCAAGGCAAGACUAAAGCUCCGCCAAAGAGGACUCCUACAACGGGCGCGGGAAGAGCGAAGGGCAAGCCCAAUGGCAACAUCAUGAGCUUCUUCAAGAGAGCAGAGUCUUCUGGUACCACGGUAAUAAAUGUCAGGGAGGAGGAUGAGACUCUGUUCUUAGGAGAUAGCCCGGUGAAAGACGGUGCGAAGAUGUCCCUGCAGACUCCAACGCCACCUCGAGAAGAGUCCUCGAACGAGACUUCGCCUGGGGAUGUUGCGAUGAGUGUACCAGAUUCACCAAUAUCUCGUUAUAACGAGUAUGGGGUGCCCAGUAAAAGAAGACGUACAGAGGAUACACCCAAGCAGUCAUUGCAAACCGAAGAGACCAAAACCGGCCUAACCAGAGGACCCUUUGCCGAUGACUCGGACUCAGACGAUGAGCCAGUCAGGACACCGAGCUUCCCAGCAAGCGAAGUUAGAAGCGAUGAGGAGGAGAGUGAGUUGGCAGUAAGAGGCACUCCACCGGCUAUUGCGAGGCAGCCGUUGGGGCAGGAACCAGUUGGCGCAGCGGUGCCCAUCUUGAAGCGAGAGACGACAAGCAUCGGAGAAGUCAACGACUUUGAUGGCAUUGAGGAAUUCAUUGAUGACGAGUUUCCCGAAGAGGGCGAGGAAUAUCUGGAACGAAGAUGGAUGGAGGAGCAGGCGGAGUUUGAAGAGGGGUUGGAAGAGGAGGAGGGUCAGGCCAAGGGAUAUGAUUCAAUGGAUGUGGAAUUGGAGGACCCUAGAGAUACGACCAGCGUCAUGCCGCAAGAUGCUGGAUCUACAAGCUGUCCAAUCUGUGGUGGGAAUACAGCGGGAUUGACUGACCAGGAGAUAUCCGUCCAUGUCAAUGACUGCAUGGAUGGUAAGGCAAAGCCUCUUGGAGACCGCAAACCACCUAAGCAAGAAUCCACUUUGGCUCCAGCAAAGCUGGAUAGCGGCGUCCCUGCGCACAAGCGCUUUCAACGUGCUGCGAUAGCUAAGCCAGGGCAAGAAAACCCUUUUGGGUUGACUGCAGAGCCCCUCAAAUCAUCGUCCGCCUUCUCCAAACUUAUGUCCGGGCAUGCGGAAGAUGCUGCGUGGGCAACUGCUGCGGCAACGGAAUCGGCAUCUCGCGGUAAGCCUGCAUACCAGCGGACAUGUCCGUUCUAUAAGAUCAUGCCGGGAUUCUUCAUCUGUGUCGAUGCCUUCCGAUAUGGUGCGGUUCAAGGCUGUAACGCCUACUUUUUAAGCCACUUUCAUAGCGACCAUUACAUCGGUCUCACAUCAUCAUGGUGUCACGGUCCAAUCUACUGCAGCCAUGUCACGGCGAACUUAGUCAGGCGACAAUUGAGAGUUGAUCCUAAGUGGGUCGUUGACCUCGAAUUUGAUAAGAAGGUCGAGGUACCUGGGACCCAAGGCGUUGAAGUCACGAUGAUACCAGCAAAUCACUGUCCUGGAAGCUCGCUUUAUCUUCUCGAAAAGGUGAUCGGAAAAGGGAAGAGUCCAAAGGUCCAGAGAGUUUUGCACUGUGGAGACUUCCGUGCUUGUCCCGCCCAUGUGCAGCAUCCAAAGCUACGGCCAGACAUUGUGGAUACAAUCACUGGCAGGAACCUGGCACAGCAGAAACUCGAUGUCUGCUACCUCGAUACAACAUACCUGACGCCCAAGUAUUCGUUUCCCAGCCAAGAAGAAGUCAUCAAGGCUUGCGCCGAUAUGUGUGUAAGCCUCAGCAAGGAUUUUGUGGACGAAAGCGAUAGCUGGGAGAAAACUAAGAAAGAGCGGGCUGGUGACGGCAUGGUCAAAUUUGUUCGCAAAACGUCAGUCAAGGAGGAGGUUGAGGAAGAAGAGAUCAAGAUCAAGAUCGAAGAUGGACCAUCGAAGAAGGCAAGAGGUCGUCUCCUGGUAAUCGUGGGAACCUACAGCAUAGGCAAAGAGAGGAUAUGUCUAGGUGUUGCCAAAGCACUCAAUAGCAAGAUCUACGCUCCACCAAACAAGCAAAAGAUCUGUGCUGCGCUCGAAGACCCGGAGCUAUCGGCCCGUAUGACGGAUGACCCUCUCGAAGCUCAAGUGCACAUGCAGAUGCUCAUGGAAAUCCGGGCAGAAACCCUAGCCGACUACCUCACCGGCUUUAAGCCGCACUUCUCCCGCAUAGUUGGCUUCAGACCAUCAGGAUGGAACUACCGCCCACCAAACAGCCGCUUUACCGAGUCUCCGGCCGUCCAGACUGUUCUCCAUUCCGACAACUGGAAGUCGCGAUACUCGAUGGCUGAAUUGACACCGCAACGAGGCAGCACCCGUGAGGCCAACUGCUUUGGAGUCCCAUAUAGUGAACAUAGUAGCUUCAGGGAGCUUACAAUGUUCUGCUGUUCGCUGAGGAUCGAUAAGGUCAUCCCGACUGUGAAUGUAGGGUCGGCGAAGUCGAGGGAGAAGAUGAAAGCUUGGUGCGAGAAGUGGGCGAUGGACAAGAAGAAGAAUGGGUUGUUUAAGGUAUCCGAUGGGCAAACGGCUUGCGGGACAUCCAGUGCCCUGCAGGAAAUACUCUAUGUUCCUUACUAUCCGAACUACAGGCUGCGGACAAGGCGAUUGGCCGCAAUUCGCUGCAUUGGUGUUUACGUUUUGGUUCCUGGAAACACAAUUUCUGAAACGCUCACUACCAAGACCAAGGCCAGGUCUCCGACCAGGCCCACCACCGAGCGAACAACUGAGCUAGUAACAAGACCUUCAAGUAGAGAUACAGAUUCACUCACGGCAGAUUCCCUGCCAAGGAUCACUUCGAGCACUGAAUGUGCAAAGGCGACAUCGAUUGCGUCAAAGACCACAAAGACUUCAGAAUGGCCUACCGCUGCUCCUAGCUCUGCUUCAACAUCUCCUAAAUCUACAGCGCUUCCAGCGGAAACUCUACCACCUCUGCCACCAGUGCCUCGCCCUUCUCCUCCAGUAGCUCAAUCCAUCGGCUCCUCCAGCCCCUCAUCCCUCUGUUCCCCCACAUGCGCCUACCCCACCGCCACCACAGCAUGUCCAACUGUUACCGCCACCGGUCUCGCCUACAAGCGGUACUACGCCGGCCAAUGCUACAUCGAAAACACCGCGAAUCCCGGCACAGGCGGGGAGCUCGCCGUCUACACGCGCUUCAGAGGAGCCUAUGAUAUGUGCGCCGCAACCCAAUACUGCGCCAACGCAGCGGGAGCGGCCUACGGACCUUAUCAUUCCUUUGAUUUGCAUUACACCUGCUCAAAUUCGAGCUGGAUGUGCGUGCAGUACUACAAUGGCAAUAGUGAUGCGACCUACUUCAAUGUGCUGGAUUUGGAUGUUGCUGUUGCAUUUGGGUAUAGCUACUAG